AGCCGUUUCGGCUCGAGCUGGGCCCUCUUGAGGCCCUGGGGGGGAGGGCGUUACAGAGGCGAGCCGUGCCAGCCGUCCCCCCCGCGGGCCCCAUGGCGGAGACGGGCCUGAUCCUCGGAGGCGAGCGCGAGACCGGGCAGGACGUUCGACGUUCGCUCCGCGAACGUGGUCGCGGUCAUGGCGAUCUCCAACAUCAUGAAGUCGUCCCUCGGGCCACAAGGCCUGGACAAGAUGCUGGUGGACGACAUCGGCGACGUGACGAUCACGAACGACGGGGCGACGAUCCUCAAGAUGCUGGAGGUGGAGCACCCGGCUGCCAAGGUGCUGGUAGACCUGGCCCACCUGCAGGACAGCGAGGUCGGGGACGGCACUACUUCUGUCGUGAUCGUGGCGGCCGAGCUCCUGAAGCGUGCGAACGAGCUGGUGAAGAACAACAUACACCCGACAACGAUCAUCUCUGGGUACCGCAUCGCCAUGCGCGAAUGCCUGAAGUUUAUCCAGGGCAACCUGAGCAUUAAGGUCGACCAGCUGGAGCAGGACAUCUUGAGCCAGAUCGCGCGCACCUCCCUCUCCUCGAAGUUUGUCGGGGGGUCUGACGAGCACAUCUUCUCGAAGAUCGUGGUCGAUGCUGUCAAGGCCGUCAAGAUAAUCGGCUUCGAUGGCAAGGCGAAGUACCCCGUCGGCCAGGUCAACAUCAUCAAGUCCCACGGGCAGAGCUCCGCAGAGUCGAUGCUGCUCCCGAACGGCUAUGCGCUGAGGCUGGGGCGCGCUUCGCAAGAGAUGCCGAUGUCCGUGACGUCCGCGAAGAUUGCCUUGCUGGACUUUGACCUGAAGAAGCACAAGAUGUCGAUGGGAGUGAACAUCGUGAUCGACGAUCCCGCAGAGCUCGAGAAGGUUCGCCAGAAGGAGAUGAACUUCACGAAGGACAAAAUCAAGAAGAUCCUCGACGCAGGGUGUACCGCCCUGUUCACCACCAGGGGCAUCGACGAUUUUGCCAUGAAGUACCUGGUCGAGGGCGGCGUCCUGGCAGUCCGCCGCGUCGACAAGAAGGACAUCCGCCGCCUCGCCAAGUGCACCGGCGGGCAGGUCGUGCUCACCAUGGCCACCAUGGACGGCGAGGAGGAGUUCGACGCCAAGUUCCUCGGCCAGGCAGAGGAGGUGUGCGAGCAGCGGGUGGGCGACAACGACUUCGUGUUCGUCAAGGGCACCAAGGCGACAAAGGCCUGCACCAUCCUGCUGCGCGGUGCCAACGAGUUCAUGCUGGACGAGGCCGAGCGCUCCGUGCACGACUCCCUCUGCGCCGUCUCGAGGACGCUCGAGUCCAACGCAGUGGUGCCGGGCGGCGGCGCCGUGGAGACCGCGCUCAGCCUGCACCUGGAGGACCACGCCCGCACCUUCGACUCCUACGAGCAGUGGGCCAUCGCGGAGUUUGCCGAGGCGCUGCUGACGAUCCCGAAGACGCUCGCGCAGAACGCCGCCCUGGACGCGGUGGACCUCCUGGCGACUCUGCGCGUGCGCCACCACGCGGCCCAGGCGAGCGGCGCCGACCAGAAGAAGAGGGACUACAGGUGGUACGGGCUGGACCUGACCAACGGGGGCGUGCGCGACUCGGUCGCCGCAGGGGUCCUCGAGCCCAUGGUCUCCAAGCUCAAGUCGCUGAAGUUCGCCACCGAGGCGGCGAUAACCAUCCUACGCAUCGACGACCUGAUAAAGAUCGCCCCCGAUCCAGAGCAGGAGGGCUGAGCGCUGGAGCGUCGGCGGCGCGCCCAGGGGUGAAGCGAGAGGGCAGGCCUGUUCAGACAGCGGCGGAGCUUCGGAGAAGGCUUCGACGGCUUCUCAGAAGGCUUCCAGGCCUCCCAGGUGGGAGGCCUUCCGAGCCUUCCGAGGAGGCCCGCCCCACCUGCCUGCCCCCCUCGGGCGGGCCGCCCAGCGUGGUCGCUGCAGUGCGCCACCGAGAGUUUUCUGAAGCACGCCACCGAGCCGGAGCAGGAGGGCCGAGCCCGGAGUGCUCCCCCGCCCGGGAGUGCCGAGCGGCCCCGGCUGCGUGACUUGCUCUUCCUCCUCCUCCUCCUCCUCCUCCUCCUCCUCCUCCUCCUCCCUCCUC